AUGUCUGUCUUGACGAGUAACAUGAUGGGAGGACACAGAGACAGUCUCUUCUCGUUUUCGCUACAUGACGAGCCUUCCUAUUGCUCAGAGUUGUCCUGGGACAGUGACGGAGAUGAUUCUGAUUCUGACGACUCAUUCAUUUCCGAAGAUGAUGAUUAUCUAGACGCACAAAUGAUGAAAGGAGAUUUUAUCCUCGAAAAGCCCUUGGAAGUAAACGAUUUGGAUCGCAUGUUCGACUGGGGGUUUGGGUAUAAGGCUCCUUCCAAGUUCAAGGAAUCGGUGUAUGACUUCGCUGUGAAGGUGCCGAUUCGAAGACAUUCCAUAACUGACGAUGAUACCUCUAGCUUUGGUGACGAUGAGAUCCGAAGCGAUGCUUUUGGAUCCGUCUUGUCCGCGAUGUCAAAUGAAUUGGAAUCCAACGAGAUGGACGGAGCGGAAUUAAUUGCUGACUCUGCGUAUGUAUCCAACUCGAGUACCUUGGAUGACCGAUGGACGGAGGGCAGGACUCACGAAAAUUUGAGCCCAAGAGUCAACCGGUGGAGAGGGGGAUUGACUCCUGACAAAAAUCUGAGACCAAGCAUAGAACGACCAAUGAUGCCACCACCAAGGAGACGACCCAGCAACAGUGGGGACGAUUGGAAUGCCAUGAAAAGACAUUCCAUAGAAAGCUCCUCCUUGCAAUUCGAAGUAAUCAAGUCCCAAAUCCAAUCCGAAUUGGGACUAAGAAUGUCCGACUCUCUUCCAGCACAGAAGAUCAUGGAAGCAAUCAUGUCUGUUUUGCAAAACCCAGGCUGUCAAGAAGAGUCGAAAGAAGAAUCGAAAUACGAUCAAUAG